GGUGAUUGUGGCUCUUGCUGGGCCUUCAGUGCCACUGGUGCUUUGGAAGGCAUGCAUUUCAAGAAGACGGGGAAGCUGGUCUCACUGAGUGAACAAAAUCUUAUUGACUGUUCUGAGGAGAAUUAUGGGUGUGGCGGUGGAUUAAUGGAGCUAGCUUUUGACACUGUGCGGAAGGAAGGUGGGAUCAAUUCAGAGAAAAGCUACCCUUAUGACAGACAGAAAGGGGAGACUUGCCGCUAUGAUCCCGAGGAAUCUAUCACCAGAUGUAAUUCAUAUGGAAUGAUCAUGAGAGGGGAUGAAAAAGGACUUCAGGAGGCUGUGGCCAAAAUUGGUCCAGUUUCUGUUGGAAUAGAUGCUGGGAGUAGCAAAUUUAGCUUCUAUAAGUCAG